UACGCCUGCGAAACACAUUCCUAAGUAGUCUAUUGCGCUCCCACUAACGUUUUAUUAAUGGUAUUCGAAAUAUGUCUGUCUCUGUCACAUGAAGUGUGUAUUUAUUAAAACUCGUCUGUGGGUGUGAAGCUGAGCCGUGAAGUGAAACGAAUUUCCGGCCCGCAUUUUAAAGAUUUAUGAGUGAAAAUAACAUAAAACUAGUGUUAAAACCCAAAAAGUGCAGUGUACUGAAGAUUUGGAACAAGUAACUUCGAAAUUCAUUAACGUGUCAUUAAUUUAAUUAACAUUCCCUCACAUAAACAGCUGUAGUUGUGUGCUUACUCGAUUCACUUGUUGCACUUAUCGUACUUUCAAAAACUUUAUUCCAUUGAAUAAUAUACCCGUUUUCGUGAGAAUGGUAAUCUGUUAUCUUAAAUUGAGUCGAUCUAGAGUUGAAAAACAGUUUAUGUUAUCUAAUUAACCGUUAUAACAGUGAUACGGGAUCGUGGGAGCGUGUGUUUUCGUUUUCCGUUUAUACGUUACGAUGCACCUGCAGUGCAGAUAUUAUGUCGAUUGCUGCAACGCACCGAGUGAACAAUCGUGACACGGUUGAACGACUAAAUAAUGAAAAUCCUGUUCGUUACCCAUGCUUGUUGUGUUACGAGACAGGUGGAACGCGAUCGUACAAGUCUGUGAGGAGUCAUCAAGAUCCAAAAAUGAGUCAUAAGUGUUGAUUGGAAUGCAGAUUUUGUUUUGUUUUUAUUUGUGCCGAAUGCGUCACUAGUAAAAUAAAUACUGGCUGAAUGCAGGCAAGAUUAAAAAAAAAGAUAUUAAAAAGUUUACUCAGGCAAUUUAUGGUAUUUUGCCUUGCCAAAAAAUGAAGUGGUAUUUUUGAUAUUUCACAAGAAAAAACAGUCCUUUAUCAAUGGAUUCAGACAGGCUGUCUUCAGCAAAUAUUUCAACACACAGUUCAGGGACAGCGGGCACAGUUGGAGGAUCUGUGGUGGGAGUCAGACCUGGUGAGGCGGGGCUUAAAAGAGAAGAUGAGGAUGAAUAUAACUUGGGACCUUUGCCUCCGAUGUGGGAGAAGGCAUUUACACCUUCAGGGGAGGCGUAUUUUAUAGAUCACAAUACCGGCACCUCUCACUGGCUCGACCCUAGACUUGCUCGGGUCCGGAAACACUCGCUAGGAGAAUGCGGAGAAGACGAACUGCCAUACGGGUGGGAGAGGGUCACGGACGAGAGAUAUGGCUCGUACUAUGUGGACCAUAUCAACAGGCGGACGCAGUAUGAGAACCCGGUGCUCCAGGCUAGGAGGUUAAGAGCAGAGAAAAUAGGCCCAGAAAAUGGAAAUGGCGGCCCGCCAAACGGAUCAAGUUCUUCCGGAGAGCUGCGGGGCGAGAGGUUCGCUCUCACCCUUACGAAAAGCACACAGGGUCUAGGCUUCACAUUGAUUGGCGCAGAAGGCCUGCCAGAAACGGAAGGAUAUCUACAGAUACGCAGUAUCGUGCCUAACAGUCCGGCAUGGAUUGAUGGAGCCCUGCGGCCUGGAGACGUCCUCGUCGGAGUUGGAGGCCGAGGCGUGCGAGGCCUGUCGCACGCGCAGGUGGCGCAGAUGUUCCAGAACAUCGCUCCCGGCUCCAGCGUGGCGCUACAUCUUGUCAGAGGGUAUCCUCUCUCCUUCGACUCUGAAGACCCCAACACCAGGGUACUCAGCACCCUAGCCGUAGACGCCACCACCCCGGCUUCUUCCGAUGCUGUGGCCAUGCAACAACUGACGAGGGCAUUAAGAACAAGGUUCAACUUGGAUUCUCCGUCGAAUACCAGCUGUGGGCGCGACGAGGCGGACACAGCCACCCCUAGUCCGGGGCAGAGGAGGUUGAUGUCUCGUUCCUUCGACCUCGACGCUAUGAGCGAUCAGCGCGACCAGGGCCAAGCACAAGGUAUACACAUAAUGUUACGGGAUACAACGACCCCUAGUCUACUGAGCGUUAGUGCCUUGUCUGGGGGCGGGCUGGGCCUGGGCCGCGAGUUGGUGCUGCGGCUGCGGCGCGGCGCCGCGGGGUUCGGGUUCACCGUCGCCGACAGCGUGCACGGACAGAAGGUCAAAAAGGUGUUGGACCGGUCACGGUGUUCCGGCGCGGGGCUCCGCGAGGGGGACUUACUGCUGCAGAUCGGGGACACCGACGUGCGACACGCGCCGCACCAGCGGGUCGUGCAGGUCCUGAAGGACUGCCCCGCCAUGCACGAGACUACGAUCCGAGUGUGGCGGCGGAACAAUGCUACUGCUAGAGCCCCUCGCAGUCGCUCGGCUACUCGAGUCCCUCCUGCGAACACGACAGCAACCAACAGCCAGCUCGGCAGAAGCAAGACCCCCACGGCCGAGCAGCUGAGGUCGCCUGCCCUGCACACACCAGACUCGCUGAGGGACAGGCUCGAUGCCAUGAACUCUGUGGAUGCAACAUACGCAGUGCCGGAGCACAAGCAACGGGAGAGUCUCAUAGAGCGGCGGCGCCGGAGCAGCACCCCGGGGACGCGGCUCACGCUGCCCGCGCAGCCCUACAAUGAUCAGUGGCAGCAAGAACGAGAAACGUGGGUGGACAACUCCAACAACAUUCGAAACUGGGCCGAGAACUCACAGAAAUGGGACGAUAACGCCCAAAAGUGGGAAGGAAACGGGCAAAAAUGGGAACAGAAUGGCCAAAAAUGGGAACAGAACGGGCAGAAAUGGGAGCAGAACGGGCAGAAAUGGGAGAAUGGGAACGGAUGGGAGAACGGGGAGAGAUGGAACGGGAAUUGGGGGGAGGUGCCAACGCCGACCGUCCAUGUGGAUAUGAAUGCGGCGUACUGGAGAGGGAACGCUAGUGUCGCGGAUAGCAGUGAUAAUGGAGGUUUUCCAGAAGAUGGCAUGCUGCAUUCGCCAACCACAGCCGCGCUGGGCGCGCUGCCUCACGCCCAGUCACCUUCUACCAGUCGAAUGAGGCCGCGCUCGCCUUCCAAUUCCACAGGUCGUAUGAGAAGCCAGUCCCCCAGCAAUACCAGCGCCUCCGAACGACUCUUAGGCGCCACGCCUACUGCGAGACUACACAGCCGCUCACCGUCUAACAAUUCACCAUCAAGAAGCAAAGACAGUAUGAGAAUGCGAGAAAACUCCCCGCCCCGACAUAUGCACUCUCCCGUGUCUCGAAGAUCGCCAUCUUGUUACGAUAACGACUCGAUAGCGCAACAAAAUGCCGUCUACGUCGGCAACUACCCACAGGUUGAGGCAGGCGGAGCGGCGGACCCGGAGGCGGACGUCCUGGUCCGAUUGGCUCGAGGAGCGGCCGGUUUCGGCUUCCGUAUCGUCGGAGGCACUGAAGACGGCAGCCGUGUCGCCGUCGGUUAUGUCGUCCCGGGCGGUCCGGCGGACGGUCUGCUGCGGCCGGGCGACCUGCUGACGUCGGCGGACGGCGUGUCGCUGGCCGGCGCCGCGCACGCCGCCGCCGUCGCCCGCGUGUGCCAGGCCGCCGCCCGAGGACACGUAACGCUAGGCGUGCGGCACAACCGAGCCGACAUACAAUCCUUGGGGUUACCGACUAUGCCUACUCAACAUCAGCCCUUACUUACGUCGGAGGCGGCGCUGCACGCGCACGCGCACGCGCACGCGCAGCCCGGCGCCUACAGCAUCCUGCACCCCGCGCCCCUCUACCCGCCGCAGCCCCCGCCCGGACCCAUGUAUGGAGUGCAAUACGACACGGCGACGGGUGGCUGGUCGUCGGUGCCCUAUGACGUCACGGUGACGAGGAAUGAGGGCGAAGGCUUCGGGUUCGUCGUCAUUUCCUCCACCAACAAGGCCACCAGCACUAUUGGCCAACUGAUCCCGAACUCGCCUGCUGCCCGCUGCGGCCUGCUUCACGUAGGUGACACCAUCGUAGCCAUCAACCAUACGCCUGUCCGCAACCUGCCACAUCCCGAGGUUGUCGCACUGAUUAAACACUCGCAUCGAGCGGUAACACUCACUGUUCUACCACCACAACAUACGCCACCGUAAAUGUACAAUUGUGGGGCGUUGCUCCCUAGGAGGAUACCAUCGUGGCUUUUAAUCACACGCCAGUCCGCAAUCUGCU